AAGGCAGUCAUAAAAACACUGAUCAGCUCAAUUGCUGAGUCACUUAGCCCCACUGUGAUUGCUAUGGGUGUUGAGUAUUGGAUACUACUGAUUGUUUUCAUAGGAUGCUAUAAACGAUCAGGUUUGUUGCCGAAUAUUUUGCUUUUUGUCGAAUUUAUGAGUCGGCUGAGCUAGUCAUACAAUAGCAAUUACUAAUACUGUUAUGAGGGUUACAUGGCAAAUCCGUAACAAACCUAAUUCUAUUAUUAAGAAGUUCUUAUAGUGGAAGAAAAUUUGCAAUCCCAGUUCCUUGCAAUUGUUAUUAUAGAGCAUCGUUUCGGCGCCUUCUUCAUAUGAUAAAAAAGUCCAUCUUGAUAUUAAAGAGCCUUCCCUUCGAUCUUCAUUAAAGUGACGAAUUCUGUUUCAAAAUCAAAUUUCGGGUUGCACGUAAUGCGAAUAAGCUGCAUUAUCUUUGUGUCCCAGAAUGCACCACUGAAAGGAAAGCUAAUAAUCCGUCGGUCGCGAAAGAAGUUCCGGCUUUCAUAGUUGCCGUAUCUCUAGAAUAAAUUUAAAGCAACUAAUAAAAUCAUCAAUAAUAAUUUAAUAGUUAACGUGUAAUCACAUGGGCCCGAGCGGAAUUAAGGAUAACUGAAUUUCACUAGAAAAGGUAUAAUUUCAAAGAUUUCACAAAAUUCGUAUCGAAGAAAGUAAUUUUGCUCAUUUUUCUCUAAAAUGACAGGUCAAACAUGCCCACAUCAGCCAAGAGUUGCUUUUGCAGUCGACUCGUCUCAAUCAAUUUCCAAUCAAGAAUUUAAAGAUCAACUCACCUUGGUCACAAGCAUCGUGACAAAUUCUUUAACAAGCCCUAAAGACGUUGCAAUUGCCUUGUACAACACACAAGUCCGCGUAAACAUCACAUUUGACCGAUUCAAUUCUUUUACCAAUUUACGAAACGCAAUUUCUGAUCUACCACUUUUGGAUUCAGCAAAGGACGAAAGUGAUCUAGUAAACCUUUUUAAUACAAAGUUCACCAAACUUCCAGAAGUUUUCAUGAUGAUAAAGAAGGAAAGGAAUGCAACGUAUUCAGCAGGAUUUAAAAUCCCGGAUGGAAGGCUUGGAAAUGUAAAGAAGAUUGCAGUCACUUUUGGAGUUAAAAGCAAUAUCGGGAGCAUUGCUGACUUUCACAGAGUAUUUCAGUAUAAAAAAUCUGAAGAAUUCAACCCUUACUCACAAUACAGCAAGAUUUCGAAGACCCUGUGUUACGGUAGGUUUGUUUAAUAUGUUUUGAGGGUAGACAUUGGUGUGUUGGUUGACCCGAAUUUUAAACGCAUGCACUGGUCGUAGAAUAAACGCCAGGAUAGAUUCUUCGCAUAUUUCUCAUUCGCGGCUGUGAAGUCAGAAGGUCAGAGACGGUCACGCGACCUGACUUUUCCCGCGUUUGCCGUUUUUUUGCCAGCCGCAGUUUCAACGUGUGCUUGUGCUUUUAAGAGGUUUUUUGCCGGACGGUUUAUAAAAAUAAUAACAAUGAAUUCGAAUAAGUAAACAAUAAAUAAAUAAAAUUAAUAAGAUCGGCCUCAAGAGGGAAAUAUGAGUUAAUUUAUUUCCCAAGAUUUUAUUGACAGCAGUAAGCUUCCACUAUAGGCACCCCAUCUCGAUUCCAUGAAACGUUAAUACGACCAAUGAGAUAUUUCUAUAAAAUAGGAUUACUGUUUAGUAUGGGGACUUAGCAUUGUAACUUCGAGAUGUAACUGUGAGUACGCUCGAUUGGCUUUUCUANAGUGAUCUAGUAAACCUUUUUAAUACAAAGUUCACCAAACUUCCAGAAGUUUUUAUGAUGAUAAAGAAGGAAAGGAAUGCAACGUAUUCAGCAGGAUUUAAAAUCCCGGAUGGAAGGCUUGGAAAUGUAAAGAAGAUUGCAGUCACUUUUGGAGUUAAAAGCAAUAUCGGGAGCAUUGCUGACUUUCACAGAGUAUUUCAGUAUAAAAAAUCUGAAGAAUUCAACCCUUACUCACAAUACAGCAAGAUUUCGAAGACCCUGUGUUACGGUAGGUUUGUUUAAUAUGUUUUGAGGGUAGACAUUGGUGUGUUGGUUGACCCGAAUUUUAAACGCAUGCACUGGUCGUAGAAUAAACGCCAGGAUAGAUUCUUCGCAUAUUUCUCAUUCGCGGCUGUGAAGUCAGAAGGUCAGAGACGGUCACGUGACCUGACUUUUCCCGCGUUUGCCGUUUUUUUGCCAGCCGCAGUUUCAACGUGUGCUUGUGCUUUUAAGAGGUUUUUUGCCGGACGGUUUAUAAAAAUAAUAACAAUGAAUUCGAAUAAGUAAACGAAUAAAUAAAUACAAUUAAUAAGAUCGGCCUCAAGAGGGAAAUAUGAGUUAAUUUAUUUCCCAAGAUUUUAUUGACAGCAGUAAGCUUCCACUAUAGGCACCCCAUCUCGAUUCCAUGAAACGUUAAUACGACCAAUGAGAUAUUUCUAUAAAAUAGGAUUACUGUUUAGUAUGGGGACUUAGCAUUGUAACUUCGAGAUGUAACUGUGAGUACGCUCGAUUGGCUUUUCUAUGGUGUAGGAAAACUCAGCCUUAUCCGGAAAAGAUCCAUUCGAUUAACCCGCUGCAGUUAUAAUUUCAAAAGAAGUCGCAUCGCGUCUAAUCUAGACAUUUUUUUUUAUAAAGACUAUUCAGGAAAAAUACAGAAUCUAUUGCUAUGCCAAAAAAAAGGGCUAAUCGAACACACCCUCCAUUUCGUUGUAGCUUUGGUUUCGCCGUCAACAAGCGUUCCCAAAACAGAAAACUCACCGAAGCAGCCCGUUGGAACCUCCUCUGAUCUCCCAAGUUACAUAUUAAAUUCCGUGCCAUACGAUAUUACCAGCACUCUGGCCACUGGAAUGAAUUAUUCUGCACUAAAGUCACCUUUAAUGACCGCUUCGCCUUUGACAGCUUCCUACAUACUGAGUACACAAAAUGGGUUUAAUGAAACAAAUGAUUCCUUGCCAACAAUAAAAAGGACGUCAAGUCUAAUACUAGCGACUUAUGCUUCCCAUAUGACGUACUCAGGACAAGGAAAAACGUCCCUUUCAAAGGGACGUGUCUCGUUGUCGAUUAAACCUUCGCAAAAAGCAAGUACAAAGCCUUCUUCCCUGCUAGUGAUGUCUAAGAAAAGGGAUUUACCACAAACAGUAAACACUGAAACACAAGGUUUCUUACGUACAAGAAAGUGGUCGUCAAGCUUUUUACAAACGACUUGUGCCUCUCAUAUGACGCCGUACCCUGCACAAGGAAAAACUUUCCCUUCGAUAACACCUUCACUUGAAAAAAGCACUAGGCCAUCGUCGACAAUUUCUGUUUCAUCUCAGGAGGGGGAUUUAUCAGAUACAACAAACCUUUUACCAAGCUCUGUCAAAAUUGUGCCCUCCACUGCCGUUAAAGAAUUGAUCACGCAGACUGUCAACAGUUCCAUAGAAGUAAAAAAUGACGACUUUAUAGAUAAACUACUACGAGGUGAGUGCUGAUCAUAGAACGCUCUGUACUGAAGUUUGGUAAGCUUAUCACUAUAUAUUACUAUAAAAGAUGUCAAGCUUCAUGCCCCGUUACAGGUGGAAGAACAUUCAAACAGUCUUAAAAGCCGAUGCUGUGUUGAACAAGGUUUAAAACUGUUUUCUUUAUUAAUUAAAAGCUUCUAUAACUGUUUUUCAGUGUUGCUAACUCUUAGCAAACGAAUUAGGCACGAUCGAGCUAUAUUAUCCAUUGUGCCACGGAGCGUUUUCUCGCGAAUUAGCUAGUAUGAAUACGGCUAAAAAUAACAUUUUUUAAUAAAUAUUCUUUGCCUAUUCUUGCCGCAAACGGCAAACGUCAAUUUGUCGUACGUGUCAAAGUUUCCCUAUUCUUGUCGUUUAUUGUCAGCACUACUCCUAAACGAAAAUUAGUAGUUUCACGCCAGUUUCAUCCAUAAGAAUUUUUUGGAGCUGUUCUUGUCUGCUCAUUUCCUACUUUGAGAAAUUUCUGGCGUUUGCCGUUUGCCGUAAACGUGACUCUUACUCUACUUGGGCCUUUUACUCCAGCGCCGAUGGCGCUUGCUGAGCAUCAUGGGUAAGAUAACUGGUAGCUCAUUGUGCGUUUCAAAUUUUUCCUUGCAAGUGACGUCCAUACGACUGGGAUCGUCCGCACCACUUUAGCUAGUGACACAUAGCCAAACGAAAUUCAAAUGUAGAUACACUAUCCUAUUUUAUCAAGAUCCGUUGUCUGCUGUGGAGCAGCAUAACUUGACCUGAUUAAAGGACAAAACAUCACGGGUAUAAUGUUUUUUGAUCUUAGGUUCAUAUAGUGGCUUUUAAUUCGUUUUCUAUAAUUUGAAAGUAAACGGUCAGUUGACGUCAAUCUAUUUUGUUCAUCGCAGAUCGCCAUUUUAUCCUUAACUUCAACAGCAACGAAAUUGCCUCCGACAACAAAACGCUUAUACAGGCAAGUGUUGAUUUUUGACAUUUUGCCGAUCUCGAUUAUGUCGGUCCAUAAACUGUUUCCUGGAACAGAAUGUUGUCUGAAGAGCUUUUUAUUCUUCCACAUGUACACCUCACUUGAAAAUAUUUGUUCGUUGGCAGGAUUAUUUCAAUAAAGCAGCUUCCCUUUUAAGAUACGGGGACUUUCUUGACAACGCUUUGAACUCAUCUCAACAACUACACGUACGUCAAAAUGUUUUGAUUUCGAUUUUUUUAAGUUCUUUGCUUUGUUAAUUGAUGCCUGAAGUUGUUCAGCAUACAGUAAGGACGAAAUUAAAAACGUAAUCGGUGAUCGACCGGUUUCAUUUCAGGAGCUAUCUACGUGCAUGGCGGUACUACAUGCCUUGGAAAGGUUUACUGCAAUGGUUGGGCAUACACUUGGACAAAGAAAUGCGUCUGUUUUACAUUCAAGCUACUUUGCUGGAGGACUUGGUAAAUUGCUUACAAAGCUUGCAUUAUCAGUGUUUUUUUCUUAAGGAUUGAAAGGCGCCUAAAAUGAGUCAUGGAGGUUACUUAAGGCAGUCAAUAGCAGUUAUGGGAGGCUUGUUAGCUCUAGUUUACCAAUAUGUUUGAACACUAUGGUUACAAUAUAUUGUUUGUUCUGUAAAGUCUUCCACUGUGGAUGACGAAAAAAGCAAUUGAUAAUAAUAAUACUUAAAAAAGAAGAAGAGGAAGAAACAUAAUAAGAAAACUAAGACGAUGGUGAUUAUGACGACAACGACUAAGACGAGGACGAAGAUAACGACGAUGACGAUGACGAUGACGAUGAUGAUGAUGAUGAUGACGAUGACGAUGACGAUGACGAUGACGAUGACGAUGACGAUGACGAUGACGAUGAUGAUGAUGACGAUGACGAUGACGAUGACGAUGACGAUGACGAUGACGAUGACGAUGACGAUGAUGAUGAUGAUGAUGAUGAUAAGCUAUAUAGCAUUUUUCAUUUGUGUUUGUGAACAAACAUUUGUAAGAUUUUUUACUUGGUUAUAUUUCUUUCUUUUUUUCAAGUUUGCCACAUAUUUGUAGUUCAAAUUUCAACCUUCGAGGGAAUACAGUUGGGCUCUUUGGACGCUGAUAACAGUACCAUCAUUUUUCCAAGGGGCGUGUUUGGUCACAUGUCCAAUAAAAGAAAUGGUGAGUCGUGCAGCUGAUAGCAGGCCUUUAGGUCUUCAUAUGGUUAAGGGCGUGUUCGAUUAACAGUAUUCCGGAAUAAGAAUAAAAUUGAAAAAAAAAUUCUAAAAUCAUUUGUUUUGGCAUUCGUUGCAUUGCAAUGUCUAUAAAUCUGCUUGAAAUAAAAUAUUCCAAUGCAUGUAGCGUUUACGUUGACAAAAAAUCACGAAAGAAGAGAUUUAUAACAAAAUGUUUGCGUAUUCUUUUUCUGGAAUACAUUCAAUGGAACGCAGCCUAAGUGUCAGUACCGAUAAAAGAAAUGUAUUAACUAGUUUAUUUAUGUUGUUUGCAACCGCCCGUUCCGUUCACUUCGUUUUGAAGAACUUCUAGGCUUAAACCCUACUUAUCUUUACCUCUCGGCGCAAAAAAAAUACGCCAUGAGAAAUUAAUCCAACUCAAUCAAAUUUUAUCUUCUGGCGCCAUCUGUAUAAGCUGAAAGACAGCGAGUACGUCAACCAAUCAGAAAGCGGGAUUCGCGAUAGAUAUAAUAAAUACAAGGUAAUUUAUAUUUUUCCAAUGCACGUAUAAGAAAGAGUUUAUCACUGACCUGUUUACGCAUGUAUUGAAAAACAACCAACGUAUGACUCUCUUAAAUCUUUUAAAUUCCUUUAGAGACUGGCGUUUUGAUCACUUUGGUGUUUGAUCCAUUUCAGCAGCUCCGAGAGCGGGGAGCAUUUCCGAGGUAUGUUAGCUACAGUCUCAGUCAAAAUGGUUGGGACACUUUGGGGUCUCCUUGUCCCCUCAAUGUUGGUGUACAAGAUUUGGUGACCAAACCGCGAUAAACAACUUUGAGAGGGACGAGGGGAGCACGAGAAGGGAAAAAACAGCGUUUGGUUAAAGUGUCCCAACUAUUUUUGUCUGAGACUGUAGUAUUGAGUCUUAUUGCUAGAGCUGCGCUCUAAGUGUUUCCUUUGCAUUGCACAAUUCUAAAACUAACAAACAGGUUUGCAUCUCAGAACAAAACGUGGACUGACGAAUCAAUGAGAAUUAGGUCAUGUAAAGAUUUGUUUAAUCUUGCAUCAUUAAUUGUAAGUGGUAACAAUGAAAUCAAGCACUAACCUAAAAUUAAAAGCGGAUGUGAAACUGCUGUUGUUACUGACUGUACUUUAAGAUAAAAACACAAGCGCAUAAGGAUGUUGUAACCCGUUUCAGGUCUCAGAUAGUAGGCACGUCGCGAAAACAAUUAAGGUCAAGUGAAAAUAAAACUUGUGUUAUCUAAGAAAGGUCGGGGGGGGGGGGGCGGUUACUUCCCCGUCCUCUCAACCCCAGCCCCCGCGCACUGAGUUGUUUGUAGAUAUUGCAAUGGAUGCACAUUCUUGGAAACUGGUCAGGAACAGAAGGAUGCUGGGAAACAUAAAAAACUGUCAAAACUUCCAAAAUGAAUGAUACUUUUAAUUGUUCGGGCUUCCUUUUCCAGUGCAUCAACCUACCAUUCCCCUAUAAGGCCUACCUGAGACAUAAGAUUUCAUGCAUUUGCCGUCAAACAUGAAAUUCAUCUUUAUUCAGUAAAACUGAUCCCUGACGCUUUUAUAAGCAAGCACAGUUUUUCCGAAGGUUUGUGUUUAAUAAAUUCACGAGCUGUCCUGCUAGUUCAGUCAAAAAAGGGCUUAUUUUUUUUCAAUCGCGUUAGGCAAUAUUGCGUAUUCCUGUUGUUGUUUGUUGAUAUUUUAGCUUUGGCGCUGACCAUUACAUUGUGAGCAAGAUUGUCAACGCCUUUACCAGGCCUCCUCCACUCUAUCCAUUGCCCAGGCCUAUUCAAAUUAACUUGCGUCAUUUUGAAGUAAGUAUGAGAGCCACUUAACUGCUCGCUAAGUCAACUAGUCUUCUUUUCUCGAAAAUUUUAAUGGAUGCGCCGGGGAAUCUUUUUGAGCUCUUUUUAUGACAGCCGUGCACAGGUCAAAACGGGCGUAAGGAGCUAAAUAAUACUUCCAUUUCUCUGGCCAUGCAGUUUUUUAAACAAUGAGAGAUUUCCAUGCCACAGUUGAAUGGCUUCAACACUUUCUUUUAAACCUCCAUGUUCAUCUACUUCUUCAGUUUCAUUUAAACUCGACCCAAAAUUUAAAGUUUUUUUAAUUAUUAUAUGAAGUAAUUAAAUAAUUUCUUUUCAAAAAAUAAUUUUGCUGCUUUCAAGCAUCUUUCAACGCGCAAAAUCCGAUCUUUAAAACACCCUUAGUUUUUGAUACAAAGAACUAAUAAUUACAAAAAGACAAAAACACCCUUUAAACAUCUUAAUUACAAGUAGCCACAGUGAUAAGAAGGAUGAUCAAACCCGGCCUGUUAGUAUUGAGGAAUUUUUUAUUUUGCGGGGUUUGACUUCAUCCUGGUAGUGCUGAUGUUAUGAAAGAGUAUUUAGUUCAUCAAAUAAAUUAUUUGCUAAUUAUUUGAACUUCUAUGAUAUAAAUGCUGUUUGAGUAUCUUAUCGCAUGCGUGAUUGUCAACCGUUUGUGUAUCUUUAUCUUGAAUUCUUACUUCUUGACAGGAUACUUACCAUGAACCACACUGUGUUUUCUGGGAUUAUACAAAUGCGUACGUAUGAUUUAGUUUUGGUAGUUGCCAAGAAAUUCAUCAUAAAGAGUAGAGGCCGGAUUUCAGUAAUACAUGGCGGCGCGAAGAUGCGAAAUUUGUCUUCGAGUGUUGUUUUUUUUUUAUGUUUGAUCUAUUAUUAUUUGUCUUAUUUUUUUUUUCAUGACAAGAACAGAAAUUUCGUAUCUCUAAGCUGUAAUCAAACUACUUAUUAUAUAAAAACCAAUGCCAUUAGCUAUAGCAUGUGUAGCUAUAUCAACGUUGAUAGUGUUUUAACUUGUGAGGAAAAAGAGGAACAUGUUAUAGUCAUCAUGUUUUAGCUCCAUGGCUCACCUGGCAUUUCAUUGGUAUUAUAUAAUAAAUUACUUGGCUUGAUUUCCCUUGAGUUGGACCUUCCAAUUUUAUAACGCCCUUCUUUUUUAGUGGAAUAAGCUCAAAGUUUGGGAAAUGGUCCAGACGUGGCUGUCGUGUAUUUUACAGUAACGACGGAUUUACCGAGUGCCAUUGCGAUCACAUGACCAACUACGCAGUACUCAUGCGCGUAAAAGAACAGGUU